GGCGGCCAUGUUGAGUGCGGCCGCAUCCCGCCGUGCCGCGCGGGCGGCGCUGCCGGAAGCGGGCGCGGGGCCGGUGUUGACAACAUGGCGGCCGCGGGCGCCGCCGCGGGAGGAAGAGGCGGAGGGAGCGGCGGCGGCGGGCGGGCGCUGCAGCCUCAUUCAUAGGGCCCGGCGCGCUGCCUUCCCUCCCUCCCGCCUUCCCCCGCCCCGGCGGCCGCCUCGCCGCCUCCCCGGCGCUAUGUCCUUCUUCAGGCGGAAAGGUAGGGGGGCGGCGGCGGGCGGGCGGCCGCCGGGCUCGUCCCCCGCGCGGCUGCCGGGCCCCGGGCCUGCCGCUCCGGGCAGCGCCGCCGCGCCCCGCGAGGACGCGCGGGCCCUGAGGAGCGGCGUCCCCGCCAGUGACGUGAAAGGCAAAGAACAAGAAAAGACCACAGAUGUCAAAGCAAUUAAAACUCCAGUCCCAGUACAUUCCCCUCAGAGAAGCACUAGGAAUCAUGCCUUGCUGGAGGCUGCAGGACCAAGCCAUGUGGCCAUCAAUGCCAUCUCUGCCAACAUGGACUCCUUCUCCAGCAGCCGCACAGCUGCCCUCAAGAAGCAGCCCAGCCACAUGGAAGCUGCUCACUUUGGAGACUUAGGCAGAUCGUGUCUGAACUACCAGGCUCAAGAGACCAAAUCAAGCCUUUCCAAGACCCUUGAACAAGUCCUGCAGGACAGUGUAGCCCUCCCUUACUUCAUCCAGUUCAUGGAGCUGCGCAGGAUGGAGCACUUGGUGAAGUUCUGGCUGGAGGCUGAGAGCUUCCACUCCACCACCUGGUCCCGCAUCCGCGCGCACAGCCUGAACACGGUGAAGCAGAGCUCCCUGGCAGAGCCCGUGUCCCCCUCCAAACAGCAGGAAUUGGCCUCCUCCCCUCCUGCUGCCUGGCUGGAGGAGAGGCUGGAGGGCUGCAGCCCUGACAGAACUGCCAGCAGCCAGAACCACGUGGGGGACAGCCACAGCAGCAGGGCUCUGCCUCGGGGCAAAGCAGAGCCAGGGACUCGCUCUCUUCCAGCUGAUCAGCAAGAAUCUUCCAAGCUUUCAGUGUCAAAUAGAAACAGCCCCUCCUCUGCACUAAAGGACUUGUCAGGAAAACUCAUGAAAAGUAUAGAACGGGAUGCAGUUAGUACUUUUACCAAAUAUAUUUCUCCAGAUGCUGCUAAACCAAUCCCUAUCACAGAAGCAAUGAGAAAUGACAUAGUUGCAAAGAUCUGUGGGGAGGAUGGCCAAGUGGAUCCCAACUGCUUUGUUACAGCACAGUCCGUAGUGUUCAAUGCAAUGGAACAAGAGCACUUUAGUGAGUUCCUGCGGAGCCACCACUUCUGUAAAUACCAGAUCGAGGUGCUGACCAGUGGGACUGUGUAUCUGGCUGACAUUCUGUUCUGUGAGUCAGCCCUCUUCUACUUCUCUGAGUACAUGGAGAAGGAAGAUGCAGUUAAUGUGUUGCAGUUCUGGUUGGCAGCAGAUAACUUCCAGUCUCAGCUUGCUGCCAAAGAAGGCCAGUAUGAUGGGCAAGAAGCACAGAAUGAUGCCAUGAUUUUGUAUGACAAGUACUUCUCCCUGCAGGCCACGCACCCCCUGGGCUUUGAUGACUCUGUGAGGCUGGAGAUUGAGUCCAACAUCUGCAGGGAGGGGGGGCCUCUCCCCAACUGCUUCACCACUCCCUUAAGGCAGGCCUGGACAACCAUGGAGACGGUUUUCCUACCUGGUUUCUUGUCCAGCAACCUUUACUACAAAUACUUGAAUGACCUCAUCCAUUCAGUACGAGGAGAUGAAUUCCCAGGAGGGAACAUUGCACUGAAUAUUCAUGGCCCUGGUAGCUCUCCUGACAGUGAUUCCAUAGGGAGCACGGAUGGCUCUGCCUCCCAGUCCAAUGUCAAAAAGGCUAAUGUUAAAAUCCUGAAAAAUUUUGAUGAAGCAAUAAUUGUAGAUGCUGCAAGUCUGGAUCCAGAGUCUUUGUAUCAACGAACAUAUGCAGGGAAGAUGACAUUUGGAAGAGUCAGUGACCUGGGGCAGUUCAUCAGAGAAUCUGAACCAGAGCCUGAUGUCAAAAAAUCAAAAGGGUCCAUGUUUUCACAAGCAAUGAAGAAAUGGGUUCAAGGAAAUACAGAUGAGGCUCAAGAAGAGAUGGCUUGGAGGAUAGCAAAGAUGAUUGUCAACGAUGUCAUGCAGCAGGCGCAGUGUGAGCAGCCUUUGGACAAGGUCACCAAGCUAUGAUUUUAGAAACUCCAGGACAGGAAAUCUGGUUUUCCACUUUGAGAAGGAGUGAACUUUCCCUAUUGGUGGAUUCUUUAACACAGCCAAUAAAAACAAAGCACUGUUACUCCAACCACUGGAAUCCCCCUCAUUUCCAAGGAAGAAUGGAAAAGAA